UCCAUCCGCAUCACUGAACAACACGCGUGCUUGGGAUUCCCAUCCAUACAAAAUCCCACAUUGAAAUAUCACAACGUAACCCGCUAUACAGCGGUGGGCCCACUUUGGACUUCUUUAUUUCCUUUCGUCCUUUGCCUACCUAGCCAUCAGACCACCUGCAUAUCAGUCCACAACAGCACACACCAUGGCAUCACGAGGCUACGGCAGCGCCCCCACACAAACACGCCAGUCUAUGGCUUCAUCUGGGGGGGCUGUUAAAGCUAGACAACUGGCCCAACUCCAACAACAACUAGCCCAGCUUUCCAACAACCUCGCCGACACUGAGAACCUCCUCCGUAUGACCAGCGUACAGGCCGAGUCCAUGCGCGGACUGGGAAGUUGGCAUGCGGGGUUAUUCAUGGCCGCGAGUAAAGUCCUCGGGGAGGAGUCGGUGCAACAGAACCAGCAGCAGGGAGGAGGAGGAGGCGGCGGCGGACCAAACUGA